AGAGUUGACAUUCAAAAUGCACACUUCACUCAAGAUCCGUGUGGUGAACCAAACGAAUACUUAAAUCCAGUAAAUAUUACCAGCAGGGAGAGGAAGUUUGUUGACCUGUUGCGUCCACAUGACAGGUUAAUAGUUCUCUUCUUCUUACCUUUUUUUUUUUUUUUUAACUUCUUGGCAAUGUUUCCCUGUCCAAGCACGUCCACUCCCUUCUCUGUAAAGGAUAUAUUAAACAUGGAGCAGAGUCAUGGCGUUAUGGCGUCUUCUCUGGACGUCUCCUCACGUAUGGACUGCUGCAGCCUGCCGACCUCCUCCUCCUCUUGCUCCUCUUCCUCCUGCAUGCUGGCCCGGUUGAAGCAGGAGCCUCUCCGGGACAUGACGUCUCCCGCCGCCGCCGCCGCCUCGCUGUUUGGAGAGGACCUCCACGAGUCCCGGGCAGCCAGAGGCAGCAGCGCACUCAGCUUUGCCUCCAGCUUUUACGGGAAAACCCUCGUGGACUUAGUCAAGGAUGAGAAGUCAGACGGGCUUGAGGGGAAACGCAGAAAAGAAGAGUUCAGUCCUCCUCUCGAGCCCGUGGAGGACCUAAAACCCGAACAUCCGGACCGAGCCAAGGCCCGCAGACGCAGGAAGCCGCGGGUGCUUUUCUCCCAGGCGCAGGUGUACGAGCUGGAGCGGCGCUUCAAGCAGCAGCGUUACCUGUCCGCCCCGGAGAGAGACCACCUAGCCGGGGUGCUCAAGCUGACCCCGACCCAGGUGAAGAUCUGGUUCCAGAACCGGAGGUACAAGUGCAAGCGGCAGCGGCAGGACCAGAGCCUGGAGAUGGUGUCCCUGCCGCCGCCAAGGAGGGUGUCGGUGCCGGUGCUGGUGCGGGACGGGAAGCCCUGUUUGGCGGCGGACACGGCCACAUACAACCCCUCCUACAGCAUGGGUCCCAUCAACCAUUUCACCUACAACAACUACCCGGCCUUCAGCAACUACACGGGGCCCGGCUGCAACACAAACUAUGCGUGUAGUUAUCCCGCUGCCACAAUGCAAACUGUGCAAAGUUCCUCCGGCGGAGGGGGAUACAUGAACUUUGGCGCAGGAGACUUGAAUAAUGUGCAGAACGGCUUCUCCUCCAGCACCGGGGUGUCCUCCUUACAUGGCAUCAGGACAUGGUGAACACGUGUCUCACCCGUUAUACUGAACACAGUUUAACAGGAUGAUGGUCCGACUGCAUGCAUCUGUAAAUGUGUCAAGAUUUUGCGGAGUUCAUUUAACUUCUUAUAUUUAAUGACUAUAUUUGGUAGUUUUCGUCUGAAUAGCGACCUUUUUGUGUAUUUUCGUGGUAUUAGCGCACAGACAGGUAGCUUGAGAGAGAAAAAAAUGCAUCUAAAAUUAUUUAAAUGUUUUUGUAAAAUGUUUCAAUUUGUACCACCAUUUAAAAGAUGUUUUAAUUCAAUAAA